CUAACAAUGUUAUCAGUUACAAAAAGACCAAAUCGGAUCAUUAGCUCCCUUCAUCCACACCCUCUUACCCUACAACAGGGCAAAGCAUUUUGCUGCCAUGCUUGUUUGAUGGGAUACAGUGUGGUCCGAGACGGCUAUUGCUGCAAGGACUGCCGUUUCAACCUUGAUCUUAAAUGCGCUAAUAUAAGGCUCGCUAGUUACGAAUUAACCAAAGUAAGGCUGACCAUAGAAGAAGAAGAAGAAGAAGAAGAAGAAGAAGAGGGGGUUGAGUAUUUUAGCCACAGACAUCCAUUACAACUUUAUAAAAAAAUUCCUAAUGACCGUAUUAAAUGUUGCUUAUGUAGAACAUACUGCUCGGAUCACGCCUAUUGUUGCUUUGAAUGUUCCUUCUUUCUCCAUCCAUCAUGUUUCACGCGAAAGUUGCCACGAGAGAUCUGCUAUCCCUUUCAUCCAGUCCACUCUCUCACCCUGCAGGAUAAGGUUGUCGCAAAGAAAUGGUGGAGGAAUAGAUAUGACAUUUGCAAUGCCUGUGGCAAGGAUAGUAUUCGUUACCUCAUUUAUGCUUGUGACCAAUGCAGUUUUUGCUUGCACAUAGAUUGCAGUGAUGAGAUAACUCAUGCCAUAAAAUUUGAAGGCCACCCUCACCUCAUCUUUUUCAGGGACAAUAUAGAGAAAAAGAAACUUAAGUGCAGCUCUUGCAAAUCCCAUAUCUGUGAAUCAUAUGGGUUCACUUGUCUAUAUUGUGAUCUCAAUCUCCAUCUUACCUGUGGUCCCUUACCAUAUACUAUUACACAUAAAUGUCAUAUCAACCCCCUCGUCCUUACAAAUUCACCUGUUCAAGAGGAAGAAGAAGAAGAAGAGAGAAACAAAUUUUGUUGUAAUGCUUGUGAUGAAGAAAGAGAUCCACAAUUACCCGUUUAUUAUUCUGCAAAAUCUCGUUUUGUUGCUGAAAUCAAAUGCGUCUUCUCUAAGGUAAUAUCAUUACUAAAGGGAGAGUACGAAGAUGUGGAGUUAUGUAAUGUUCUUGGAUUGUCUGGUAAGUUGAUUGGCAGAAAUACAGAAAAAGAGAUGCUGCAAAAUAUAUUUGAACAACUCAAGCUAAAAUCAACCUUGUCUCGUUUUUUUGAAUCUUCAAGUCAAGAUGUGAUAAAGGAAUUAAGCUGUGUUUUCAUGGCUAUGAAAACACUCACCACUGAAGAGGAUGACCAUUAUGAAGAAAGUCGAUACUUGGAAGAUUUAUUGCUUCCUGACAUGGCUUACACACAAUUCAUGAAGUUUCUUGAUCGUGGCAGAGGGAUUCAUGAACCAUUGGAGACUCUAGAAGAAGUUGUCAAUGUUGGAGCUUACAUGGUUUCUCAGGUUGUCAAUGUUGGAGAUUACAUGGUUCCUAUGAGGUUGGCUCCUAUCCUUAAGCACUUGCUUUCCAAACACAAAGAUAUUAGUGCCAAGUCCACGUUAAGCCCAAUAGCAAAACUAUAUCUCAUUAACAUUUUAUGUGAGUGUAUAUAUAGCAUGACAAACACUAGGGUUGUGGAUAUCACAAAAGAUUUGCUUCUCAAGUGGUGGACAAUCUUCAAAAUGUUGCAAUUUGCAACAUUUGAAAUUCAAUUUGCCUUCGAUCAUUUGAAGAGAGUCGCUCAUGCUUACUUUGGUCUCUAUGUUAAAAAGCAAGUGGACAACGCUCUUGAUAACAUUGAUAGAGAUCUUGCAAAGCUGCAUAAAGAUACUGAGGCACUUGAAAAGAAACGUGGGUACAUAAAAUCUGGAAAAUCUACAAAAUCCAACAUAAUUGAGGAAUGCUUGAGAGAGGCUUCAGUUAUGAAGCAUAGUAGAGCAAGUAGUGGACUACUAAGGAUUUUACCAUAG